AGGGCGCAGCUUGUCCAGUGACCGAUGGCCUGGACGUGGUGUGACCGAGGGCGGCUGCCCGCACCCUACCCCGUCUAUGCCGCCGUCUGUUUGUUGUCGCUCACCUCCGUGGGCCGGGGCCUAUCCCGCAAACCGGCCAUCCCGCCGCUAGUGAAAGGGCAGCCCUUCCAGGUCUACUGGAACGUGCCCACGUCGCGCUGCAGCACCCACAGAGGCGUCGACCUGCACUUGGGCGACUUUGGUAUUGUAACCAAUAGAAAUGAGAUGUUUAUUGGAGAGAAACUCACGAUAUUUUAUUCUACGCGGUUGGGAAUUUAUCCAACUUAUCAUAGUGGGGAUCCCGAAAAUGGGGGGCUCCCCCAGAACAUGAGCUUGAAGGACCACCUGCGACAGGCCAGGGUAGACAUCGACAACGUUUUAGCCACGGACUACCAGGGGUUGGCGGUGAUAGACUGGGAGGAUUGGCGCCCCCUGUACGCAAGGAACUGGGGCUCCAAGAGAGUCUACCAGACAAAAUCACAGGAGCUUGUCCGGGGGAGGAACCCCGAAUGGAACCAAACCCAUAUCGAAGCUGAAGCUAAGAAGGAGUUUGACAAGGCGGCUAAAAUGUACAUGAUGUCUUCCCUGAGGCUGGGCCAGUCGAUGCGACCGAAGGCCUACUGGGGAUUUUACCUCUUCCCGGAUUGCUACAACUACCACUUCAGGGAAGAGUUCCCCACGUACGACGGCCACUGCCCAGACAUCGAGAUCAAGCGUAACAAUGAGCUGACGUGGAUGUGGACUCAGAGCUCUGCCCUCUUCCCGUCCGUCUACCUAGAGGAGAAGAUCAAGUCGGAGCGCGGUCAGCGCGGCAAACUCUACGCCAGAUACCGGAUACGGGAAGCCGUGCGUGUGGCUUUGCUGACCAAAGGGAAAUAUACUCCGCCCAUCUUCCUCUACUGCCGCUCCCACUUCAUCGACAGCAAAACCCUCACGCCCCUCAAUGAGAUUGAUCUGGUCCGCACUCUGGGCGAGAGCGCAGCGAUGGGGGUGAGUGGAGCCAUUCUGUGGGGGUCCAUCGACUUCUCCAGAACCACGAUUGAUCUGGUCCGCACUCUGGGCGAGAGCGCAGCGAUGGGGGCGAGCGGAGCCAUUCUGUGGGGGGUCCAUCGACUUCUCCCAAAACAAGGCAAGCUGCCAGGCCGUGCACAAACAAGUGCAGAAUGUGUUGGGGCCGUACAUCCUGAACCUGACGGCGGCCGUGCGGAGCUGCAGCUUAACACUGUGCGCCAACCACGGCCGCUGCUUUCGCCGCAACGCCGAGGAGGAUGUGUUCCUGCACUUGAACAGCAAGUCGUUCCGCAUCCUGAAGCGCAGCAAGGCGGGCGGCGGCAAGGUUUACAUCAAGGGCCGGGCGAGUCUGUUGGACAAGAGGGAUUACAAAUCCCACUUCCAGUGUCAGUGUUACCGGGGCUGGAACGGCGUCCGAUGCAGCCGCUACAGAAAGCCCUCCGCGUCCUGUCGAGCCGAGACCUCCCCGCUCACACUUGUCCUCGUCCUGCUCCUGAGCCUUCUCCUCAUAUGAAGGCUGUACUUCCUGUCGAAAAUAAAGACAAUUUCCUGAAACUCACCCUGUUGACUGUUGUUCACGCGUGUUUGGUCUUGUGGCACAGAGGCUCACUCACAGCACAGAUCUGGCCUUUCGGCCCACCAUCUCCACCUGUCACACUUGUCAACACUGAUCCCACCCACCCGCACUGUGACUCCUCUGCCUUCACCACUCAAGAACGCGCAGAGGCUCCUGAAAUGUAG